GUGAUUGGCUGCACCGCCCCCACGUGACGUCGAACUGGCGGCGCCGGUUGCCUGGGCGACAGCUGGAGAAGUGGCGGCGGAGCGGGUUUGGCGCGGGCGGCCGCGGCCGUGCAGCAGAGAUUUUUGCUGCCGUGAGAAUUAACAGUCACCGUUCAAUAUGGGAGAUGUUCUGGCUCACGAAUCAGAAUUACUUGCACUAGUGAAAGAGUAUUUAGAUUUUGCUGAAUUUGAAGACACCUUGAAAACAUUUUCAAAAGAAUGCAAAAUAAAAGGAAAGCUAUUAUCUAAAACAGCAGGUGGCUCUUUAAGGGAUUCCAAAUCACUGGUCAUCCAGAAGGACCUCAUUGCUGCGUUUGACAGCGGAGACCAGAAGGUGUUCUUCGAUCUGUGGGAGGAGCACGUUCCCAGUUCCAUCCGUGAUGGUGACCCCCUUGCCCAGAAGUUGGAAUUCUAUCUUCACAUCCAUUUUGCCAUCUAUCUUCUGAAACACUCCGUGGGGAGACCUGACAAAGAGGACCUGGAUGAGAGGAUUUCUUAUUUCAAAACCUACCUGGAGACCAAAGGGGCGGCGUUGAGCCAGACCACAGAGUUUCUCCCUUUCUACGCUCUGCCUUUUGUUCCCAACCCCAUGGUACACCCCUCGUUUAAAGAGCUCUUCCAGGAUUCUUGGACUCCAGAAUUAAAGUUGAAGUUGGAAAAGUUUCUGGCUUUAAUUUUUAAAGCCAGUAACACGCCAAAGCUUUUAACAUUAUACAAGGAGAAUGGACAGAGUAACAAAGAAAUGUCGCAGCAGCUCCACCAGCAGCUGAUAGAAGCCGAGCGUAGGUCAAUGACGUACCUGAAGCGGUACAAUAAGAUCCAGGCAGACUACCACAAUCUCAUCGGGGUCACGGCAGAGCUGGUGGAUUCCCUGGAGGCCACGGUCAGUGGCAAGAUGAUCACGCCGGAGUACCUGCAGAGCGUAUGCGUCCGCCUCUUCAGUAACCAGAUGCGACAGAGCCUGGCCCACAGCGUGGACUUCACGCGGCCUGGGACGGCUUCAACCAUGUUAAGAGCCUCCUUGGCACCAGGUAGGAAGCUGAAGGAUGUCCCAUUGCUGCCCUCCUUGGAUUAUGAGAAACUGAAGAAGGAUUUGAUUUGGGGGAGUGACCGCUUGAAAGCCUUCUUGUUGCAGGCUCUGCGCUGGCGCUUGACCACAUCCCAUCCUGGAGAGCAGAGGGAGACCGUUCUGGAAGCCUACAUUGGCAACGACCUCCUGGACUGUCACAGCCACGGCCAGAGGAGUGUGCUUCAGCUGCUGCACUCCAAGAGCGAGGUGGUGCGACAGUACAUGGCCCGGCUCAUCAAUGCCUUCGCGUCCCUGGCGGAAGGUCGUCUCUACCUGGCCCAGACCACAAGGGUGCUGCGGAUGCUGGAGGAAAGGCUGAAGGAGGAAGACGAGGACGUCGUCACCCGGGAGAACAUUCUCGGGGCCUUGCAGAAGUUCAGCCUCAGGCGCCCGCUGCAGACAGCGAUGAUUCGAGACGGCCUCAUCUUCUGGCUGAUUGAUAUUCUGAAGGACCCCGACUGCCUGUCUGACUAUACGCUGGAGUACUCGGUGGCUUUGCUCAUGAACCUCUGCCUCCGGAGCGCAGGGAAGAACAUGUGUGCCAAGGUGGCAGGCCUGGUGCUGAAAGUUCUUUCGGAUCUGCUCGGCCAUGAGAACCACGAGAUACAGCCGUAUGUGAACGGAGCUCUGUACAGCAUCCUUUCUAUUCCGUCCAUUCGUGAGGAAGCAAGGGCAAUGGGAAUGGAGUACGUCCUCCGCUGCUUCAUCAAAGAAGGCAAUGCUGAAAUGGUUCGCCAGAUCGAAUUCAUCAUCAAGCAGCUUAAUUCAGAGGAGCUACAGGAUGGUGUUCUUGAAUCUGAUGAUGAUGAAGAGGAAGAUGAUGAAGAGGACCAUGACAUUAUGGAAGCUGAUCUGGACAAAGACGAGCUGAUCCAGCCCCAGCUUGGAGAGCUCUCAGGCGAGAAGCUUCUGACCACGGAGUACUUGGGAAUCAUGACCAACACGGGGAAGAUGAGGCGGAAGGGCCUGGCCGGUGUGCAGCGCAGUGCCGACGAGCCCCUGUGCCGGCCCGUCACCCCUGGCGGCCACAGGACGGGGUACCCAGUGCCGGAAGACCAUCCCGUUCCUCCCCAGAUGGCCCAACACGCGGGAAACGGCGGCCUCCCGUCCCUGACAAGCGCCCCCCGUCCAGUGCACCAGGGGGGUGAGGCUGGUGCUUCGGGGCCUUCACCCUCCACGGUGGACAUCAAACCGGGAGAAUGGUUGCCAGCGGGACAUCAGGGAGAGGUUCGUCUGCCCUCGGCGGGGGACCCCAGCCAGGCCCUAGGCGGUGGAGACACCACCAGAGAAUUUACAUCGGCCUUCACCUGCAAGCCCCGGACCCCCCGGACCCCUGAGAUCCUGGACCUGAACCCACCCAAGGCCAAGGCAUCCACUCUGGCCCCUCAGUUCUCCUCGUGUGGUCCCCAGCAGGCCAGCCGCCCCAGCUCCAUGACCUCCUCCACGAGAGGGCCACAGAGUAAGUCAGACUGGAGGGAAGGGCACUGAGCUCCUCUCUGCCCAGCAGGCACAGGACCAGGACCCCAGGCAGUGGCUUCUUGUGCCCUAGGGACAGAUCCGUUCUUCACUAGCCUAUUUAUGAAAUUGCCAUUGGCCCUGGUGCCUCAUACACAAGCUGGUAAACUGAGACUGUCCAGGCAGUGCCUCUCGGAGUUAACAUCCCCCCACCCCCACCCCCGUCUGUGGGACUUGUGUGAUCGGCCCUGAAAACCUGGACCUGCUUCCUGGCGGGAAGCAGGCAGCCUCAAAAUCCAACAGAAGCAGGUGCCUUGGCGGGAGGGCCACCAGAGGGACUGAGGGUGCGGUGGGCCCAAGGGGCCUCCUUCCUGCCCUGUUGCCCACUGUGAAGACCACUUCCUCUCUCCCCUCCCCUCCUAGCCUCAGCCGGUUGACCACACCAGAGCCUGGACCUUUCCAAAGAGUCUAAAGAUAAGGGAAGGUCGCCUGGCUGGAGUGUGUGACUCUCGAUCUCAGGGCUGUAGCUUUGAGCCCAUGUUGGUUGUAGAGGUCGCUUCGAAAUAAAAAAAAAAAAAAAAAAAAAAAAAAAAUGAUAAUUUUUUAAGUACAUAAAUAAAUUAAAUAAAAAUAAAGGAAAACAAAAGAGAAGCCAGACAAAAGAAUGUCAGUCAGCAGAAGGUCUGUCACACUCAGGAUAUAUGCAUUUUGCAGCUGUGCUGUCCCCUGCUGCCCCAAUCGCUUCCUGCCAGAGCCCCGGGCGCCCCGGCCAACGGGGACCCGCCGGGCUGGCCGUGUGGCUAAUGGGCCGUGGCUGGAAAGCAGGGCCGCCCUCCCUCUUCGCCAGCGCCCAUCUGCUGGGAAACACACGGUGAAGCCCCAGCCCCGUGUCCCCACCAGCGGUGCAGGCCAAGCUGUUUCCUCACACGGGCCCGAAGGAAGCACCGGCAAAUACCAGGAACACUGGCCCGAGAGAAGCAGACAGACCCGUUUGACCCCUGCCGGGCUCCAGGCCACACCGGGCAGCACCGGGCCGGAGCCCCCUCGGGUCGUAAUCGAGGCAGCAACGGCCAGUACCCGACAGGCUCCACGGGGCCCUGCCUGCACGUAGAUUGCUCAGCUAGCAGCAGAUUUAUGUGCUGUGGCCUCGACAAACAGCAAAACUAUUGCCAGCAAAAUUCACUGGGAGCCCCACGCCAAGCAGCCUGCUUCCUGAGAGGAAGGAGCGUGGCCACGUGAGUCACGCCCCGGCCGCGGAGCAGGUGACCCGGGGGAAGGGAGGGUUUCAGUAUUCGGUUUGCACAGAGCCGGUUGAAAGAAGGCUUGUAUGGGACAGAGGGGACACUGUGCAGUUACCGCCUUGGUGCUGGCAGCUUGCUCUCGCCUUUCUUCUCCAGGCGGCCAAUCUUACAGGAAGUGAGGAUGGCCUCUUCGCCGGUGUCGCCGUCCCGUUGCCCGAGGACCAGCCAGCUUCCCUUCCUCGGCCGGCCAGCAGCUGCAGGUGACAGAUGUGGAGGAGACCGUUGUCUGCCAGCGGCCAGGCGAGGCUAGCUCUCCGGGCAGCCCAGGAGCAGGCCCCCCACAGCCCCCGGGACACCGGGUCCUGUCCCUGCCCGUCCCGGGCCGCCCCUCACACACAGGAACAGACCUGGGUAGACGGUGCGAGCUGCUCACGUCAGGAGCCUGUGGGGGGGGAGCAGGGACUGGAGACUCGGCCCGAGACGGGGCCUUGGCCUCCGUGGAAACCGUCGCUCCUCUCGGUCCAGCCAGAAGGAGACCGAAGGGAUUUAGAAUAAGGGAGACGCAUCCUGAAGCCAUAUUCCUGAGCAGCAGGAAUCUUUUUUAAAAUCUGGGACGAAUAGGAUAUAUUCCCGUACGUAGCUUGGACUAUAUCGCUGUUUCCGAUCUUCUGCACGCGUGUUUUAAAGGCCUCGUAGGGUUGACGCCAUUUCCCCCUCCCCUGCCUCCUUUAAGACCGUAAACACAAACAGCUCCCCUGGCAAAAUGAGUGGGGGAGGGUGACGUCAGAGCUCACGCCUUGCAGUGGGUGACAUCAGAGCUCACGCCUUAGGAUAAAGGAAAGAACUUUGCCCGCCGAGCCAGCGAGGUCCCCCAAACCAGUAGCAGAAUCUGACCUCUCCUCAAGUAUAAAUACUGAAAUAAACUGAAUAUUUAGACGGUCCUUGCGUGUGGUAGGGCGUGUGCGUGCGUGUGUGUGAAGUUAUGUACUCUACCCUAAGCCCUCCACCUGCCAUCGCUAUGCCCUUUAGAGAAGACCUCCCUGUGGUCCCGCUGGAUGUAAAUAGAGAAGAUUUCAUUUUUCGACGGCCUCCCAGCUCCUCAAGAGAGCGAGCAGAGGAGGGAAGCAGAAGAGUGGUAGAGCAGGCCAGUCACCAGGUUGUCCCCACGACAUCCGUAAACUUGUCACGGGCCAGGACCCCGGGUUAAUCUUGUUUUUGGCAGUGGCACAAGGCCGGGCACGUUAGAACUCUGUGGUCACGUGACUGGCCCGGAAGCCGCAUCUGGAUUCUCUGGAAACGUGUGAGCCCCUCUUUGUUCCUGGGCAAGAAAGCUGUGGAGAACAAGGCCCUACCUUCUUCUUGGGAAGGCACUCCAGGCGCUCGGCGACUCCUGACGUGGAGGCAUGAAGAGAAAACACCCACACUUAUCACAGGUACUAUCGAAGUGGACAGAGACCGGGUCCCUGAAAUGGGAUCACUCCACGGUGACACUUUGAAAAGUGGUUGCGGAGGAACGUAAUGGAAAAGUCUCUCCUGUUCUCCCCAGUAAAUCCACUCCCUUCAGAUUCCUCGGAUGCCGCUGACUGGCGCGGCCUUUCCCCUGCCUUCGUGCGGGAGCAGCCCCGUCUCCAGAAAUCCAGAGGGAAUGGAAGAGUCCUCAGUUUCCCGCCCUUCUCCACGGUGAAAAGGCAACUGCUGUUUUUCCCUCAAACCUGCAGAUGAGCUGAAGUCUGGUUUGUAAACGUCUAGUGACUUUAAGGGGAAAAAAAAGACAAUCUUUUAGCGAUUCAGGGAGUAUCCAGUUCUGGAUCAAACUGCACUGAAGUCAUCAGGUGUGGAUGGGGUGGUUCUUUGGGGAAAGUAAACACUGUCCAGCCUCUGCACCACGCCCUGGGAGACUCCUCUUGCUGCAACACAUGUCCACAUGCCACGGCUGAUGGCUAGCAAGAGGCUUGGUAAAAUACCAGCAACCUCUUCACAAAUAUCCCAGCUAUCUGCUAGCCUCACUGAGUUUGCCGGGGUCAGACAUGAACGCGACCGACCUAUGGGGGAAAGAAUCGAGUAGAUGAAUGAACCCAAAUGGUUUCAAAGGUCAUCUGGACAUUUAGUCAUAGAGCCACUAGGAUUGGCCCAUGACACCUACCCAGGGAGCCAUGGUGGAGAGCCUGUGGAAAUUUCGAGAAUGGUAGGCCUGCAGAAAGAUCACUUCUUCCCCUGGAAGCUGACCCCACCUCUCCAGUUACCUGGCCUCCUAAUUUCUCCUGAGCAGAAAUUAAAAUUUUUUUGAAUGUUGAUUUAUUUUUGAGAGAAACAAAUAUGAAUGGGUUGGGGCAGAGAGAGAGGGAGACCCAGAAUCCAAAGCAGGCUCCAGGCUCUGAGCUGUCAGCACAGAGCCCGACGCGGGGCUCGAACCCACGGACCGCGAGAUCACGACCUGAGCCGAAGUCGGACGCUCAACUGACUGAGCCACCCAGGCGCCCCAUCUCCUGAGCAGAACUUGAUCUCAUUUUGCUUCAUUCACAGUAAGGUGCAACUAUCUGACAACAGCUUAAAUUCUGACCUUGGGUGGGAAUAUAAUAGGUAGAAGUUUGAGAUCCAGUCAGAUACCAGCAGUCAGUAGGUUGGGAAGGAUUUAGCCCAAAUCUAAAGAACUAAAUAAAAAACAAAUACACAAAUAAGACUAAUGCAAAAAUUCCAUGACCAAAAAAGCCAAACUUUGUAAUAAAAACAAGAUCUGACCCUGUGUUUACUAAAUCCUGAUCCCGGCCCCAAUUCCAAUAAAGCUUUUUUUAGCGAGAAGGGCAGCCAGCCCAUGAGCCAGA